CAUCCAUUAAAUUUACCAUUUCAGGCACUGAUUCCAUUAUGGUUUUCAUCAAGCAGGGCCAGAACGCCCUAGUGAAGCAACUCCUCCCUCCAUCCCGAACUCCACUCCCCGACAUCGUAUCAUUGCUUAAAGCAUCAAUUGAGACAAAAAAAAAAAAAAAAAAAAACAUCGAUACUCUACGCUAUCUCCUCGAUAAUUUCAAACCAGACAGCGAAGAAUACCUCUUCCGAUACGUGGUCAUAGAACCCUUAAACUAUGACCGAACCGAGGAGUUCAAGCUGCUGAGCGAAUGCAACCCAGAAAUAUUAACGCAAGACAUAAGCCAUACGGGAAAUGCUCUUGCCAAUGCAAUCUGGGGCAAUAAUAUUAUAUUGGCAUCUUUUCUGCUUACUCAUGGCAAUGAUCCGAACGAGUGCCAGUUUAUGAGUAGACCUCCAAUUGUAUCUGCGACAUAUCUCAGGCACCACGAGACGAUAAAUCUCUCGUUCAGCAUGGAGCUGGAAUUAAUGGCACGCAUGCACUGUUUAUGGUUGUGGAAAGUGGUUGUGUGGACACGCUUCGCCUUCGCUGCAUCUUGCUGUCCAAACAAAAAACUCAUAACUGGUUCGUGUCUUUAUUAAGGAGCUUGGAGCCGAUCCUCUGGUUAAGGAUGAAGAUGGAAAGACAGCCGUAGAUUGGGCGAGAUGUGUCGGUCAUCAUGGUAUUCGUAGACAGUUUGAUCUAACUUCAAAAGAAUACCUUGUUGUCUCAUUACCUAGAUUAGCUAGGUAAUGGCAAUCAAAUCGCGUGGAUUUGUACUAUGUAUUUCAUG